CCUUUUCCGGUAACACAGCACCGCCACCGCUGUGACUGAACGGUUGGAGAGAGAGAGAGAGAGAGAGAGAGAGACUGAGAGAGAGAGAGGGAAGAAGAGAGCCAGAGAGCGGCAAGAGCGGGGAGAAAAGGUCCGGGGACUGGGGGAUGAUUGCCGCAGACGCAGGGGGAAGAGAAGAAAGUCGGAUGAAUCAAUGACCUUUUGAGAUCCUCUGGAUGUCCCGCUGCAGAAACGGACCGGAGAGCUCCUGUUCGGGUGUAUUUGAAUGAGAAUUGUGCUUUGAGAUUCAUCGACUGGAAUUGGCUAAGGGCAAGUGUGGACAGCCCGGCAGCCAAGGAGGAAGUGGGAACCCCGGGCUUGGACAGGGCCUGAUUUAUAUAGUAGGCUUUUUAUUAUUUUUUUUUUAAAAAAAGGAAAGAAAAUAAAGAAAAAGCUCCUCUGUCUCAAGUCGAGCCCAACUGAGAGUAACAGGGUUUCUGAAGGAGGCUUGAAAUGUGGAUUUUGACGGAAGUCUGAAAACAAGGGGAUGUAAUUUUUUCUUCCUACAUCGGAGGGCAGUGGAUCAUGAAAAUAUAUCCCCACCCAAUUCUGCGAGGGCUACACACACUGUGCUCCCACUGAAUGCUCACCCGCUAAGGUCAGACCUCCAGAGUCCAGCUAUUUGUAGUGGUCUGUCAUCCAACUGUACACACUUGAAAGUCGCAGCCUUUUAUUUUUUGAAUAUUGACACUUGUGUCAGCCCACCGCUGCCAUCACGUGGAGGGCUCCCAGCACACGCUUGAAACUGUUAACUUCUCAGCUGUAUUGAAAACCACUUCUAUUCUCUCAUUAGAGGAGCCUUGUUUUUUCUUCUAACAAAGUAUUUAUGCACAACAAACAAAAUGGGGAAAGUGCUGGCAAAGAUUUUCGGCAACAAGGAGAUGAGAAUAUUGAUGCUUGGACUUGAUGCUGCUGGUAAAACUACCAUCUUGUACAAGCUGAAGCUGGGACAGUCGGUCACCACCAUCCCCACUGUUGGAUUCAAUGUAGAGACCGUCACCUAUAAGAAUGUGAAGUUCAACGUGUGGGACGUGGGGGGCCAGGACAAGAUCAGGCCACUUUGGAGACAUUACUACACCGGCACCCAGGGCCUCAUUUUCGUGGUGGACUGUGCCGACAGGGACAGGAUCGACGAGGCGAGGCAGGAGCUCCACCGAAUCAUCAACGACCGGGAGAUGAAGGACACCAUCAUCCUGAUCUUCGCCAACAAACAAGACCUCCCAGAUGCCAUGAAACCCCACGAGAUCCAGGAGAAGCUAGGCCUGACCCGGAUCAGAGAUAGGAAUUGGUACGUUCAGCCCUCGUGUGCAACAACAGGGGAUGGACUAUACGAGGGUCUGACCUGGCUUACCUCAAACUACAAAUCCUAAUGUUCCUCCCAACCAUCACCAGCCUGGAGACUUCGGGGCAAAGAAAUUAGCUGAGAAUGAAAACACGAGUUAAAAAGAAUGCAAUCUGAAGCAAAUAAUACCACAACCUCUCUGCUGAGUAUAUAUGUCAAAGAGAGUAGCAAAUAUAUUUUGUUUUAUUUUUCUUUUUUGAUAAUGAUGACUUCACUAUAACCCCCCUGGAUUUCUUUUAAGCAAAAGACAAAUUGUUUUUUUGUUUUUUUUUGGCUGGCUUUUCUUUUUAGUAGUUUGCUUUGGUUCACCUUCUGUAUAAUCAGUACUGUUUAAAUAUACAAUAAGCUUCAUUUUGAGCUCUUGGUGCAAAUUCGUUGUUCUCCUCCUUUUUUUUUCCUUUUGUAUCAUUUCUUUCAGGGGACUUUGGGACACGCGCUUAUAGUUUUCGUCCCCUUUUUACUUAGCUCUCAUUCAGUAUUCUCAUGACCCAGCUACAUGUCCAAAGGAUGAGAAAGUCCAGAAACCAUCGACCUACAUCAGCAUAUCACUUUCGUGGCUCGAAUGGCCUCUGUCAUUUGUAAGAAUUUGUAUAAUGUUUGGACCUCGAGAAAAAAAAAAAGCAACUGUUUUCAUAAUUGAUUGUACCGGGAUGAUUGAGGAAGUGUGAUCGUACCUAUUUCCUGUGCUGUGAUUACAUCCAUCGUGUCUGCUGUG